AUGUACGGCUCAGUGCCUACGCUAUAUGAAUUGCUUGAAAAGUCCAACUUCGACGGCGAUAAGUUUCUUCCAGCGUCAGCUAUGAGGGCCGCUGAUCAGAUUCUUCGGUGGGGGAGCGUGGCAAGGCUCAAAAUCCUGUUCUUGGAUGAUCAGGCUGGUCAGCAGUUGCAAAAUUAUGAGUUUUUCCAGCUUAUCAUCAAAAAAUGGGACGAAGGCCGACUUUUCACCAAUCCAUGGCACAAAGAACGGCAGAACUGGGAUAUUGUAUUUGAUCUCGUCGACAAUGUGUCAGAGAAGAUGACUGAGGAACAUUGGGGAAACGAGCUCUUGUGCUUGGCUGCUGGUGUAGGCUGUAUGCCCAUAGUACAGCGUGAAGGGGAGCUCAGGAAUGAAUUGCUCCGUGCAAACCAACUUGAAGAAAAACAGUCAUCAUUUGGCAAAUCGACGCAUCAAUCGAUCGGGCAGGCUGUUUUGGGAAAUCAUGUUGACAUUGUGGAAUACCUACUAAGGCAGGAUGGCAUUGAAGCGCAUCUUCGAUACCGAAAUUAUCGUGGUGAAAACGUUCUGCAUCUGGCAUCAGGACUCUGCAACCCAGAGAUUUUCCGUAUUUUGAUCCCUCGCUUUCAGGAAGGGAUCAAUAGAGAAGACGUUCAAGGAGACGUUCCUCUAUUACGGAUUAUCAUGAGCCCUUUGGCUUCGCGGUAUGAGUCAGCGAAUGUAUUCCUUUCGCAAAGCAGCCUCAAUCGGAGCAGCCUUUCUUUGGGCUGGCAACGGGACUCUUUGCGGGCGGCUAUGUCGCGUCUUGAUCUAGACUUGUGUUGUAUAUUGAUAUGGAUUGGUAACAUCAAUCCAGUUGCAACUCUGACCUAUGGCAAUGAAAGCCAAAUCAAUACAAAGGAAGGAGGCCCAAGGAACGAUGGUAGUUUGCUAGGUAAUUUAGUUGAUCUCCUCAUUUCCGAAUCUGAGGGCAAUUCAGCGCAGUUGACUGGCUCGGUGGAAGAGGCACUUGUUCUUGUCCUUCUAUCUCUUCCUCUAUGCCAAUGGUCGUGA